AUGACCCAAGACCUGGCCCCCGCCAUCCCCCUCCCCCCGCUCUUGCGGGUCGCAGUGGUCGGCGCCGGCGGGCCCUCGGGUCUCGUCGCCGUAGCCCAGCUCCUUGCGGCUGGAGUUGAGCCGUCUCUCAUCCUGGCAUUCGAAUCGCGCAACAAGGCCGGCGGGGUAUGGAACUUUGAUGCCGAGCCAGGACAACAACACGUCCACUGGCGUAAAGACGGUCCGCCAGUGGUCCGUUCUGAUGCCGAGCUCGCAGCUGAUGGGGCCAUUGGACCUUCAGCCAUGUACGACCGCCUGCGCACAAACCUCCCAAACCAGAUUAUGAACUACCGCUUCUCACCUUUCGCAAAGGACACCCCGGUCUUUCCGACACAUCAACAGGUCGCAACGUACCUUCAGGACUACUCUAAGCGACACAAUCUUAAUGAUCUGAUUAGGUGGGGCGUCCGCGUUACCAGCGUAUACCACACCCCAGGUGGAGGUGAGGCCGACAGGUGGACCGUCCAGACGACGGAAGGAACAUAUACUGUGUCCCACGUCAUCCUCGCUAACGGCCACUAUAAUGAACCGUACCUCCCCUCUAUUCCGGGGCUGGACGCUUUCACGGGCCAAGUGGUACACGCGCGGUGGUGGCGUAACCCGCGCCGCUUCCGGGGCGAGAAUGUCGUGGUGGUCGGCUCGCGCGCCUCGGGGAGCGACAUUGCGCGUGAACUCGCGCAAGAUGAUGAGUCGACCGACGUGCCAGACGGAGCCGACGGAGCUGGCGGCAGCGGGAGUAGCGCGCGUACAAUCUACCAGAGCGUGAGGGGGUACAAGCCCGGCGACAAGGUGUGGGACGACGCGCUUCCGUGGACGAAACGGAUCCACGUCGUCCCCGAGAUUGUUGAGAUCCAGCCAUCUCCCUCCGGAAGUGUUCUCGUCCUCGAGAACGGACAGAGACUCAAAGGGAUCAAGGCGAUCGUGUUCGCGACCGGAUACCUCUUCUCGUAUCCCUUUGCCACGAAAGCGCCGUUCGACGAGUAUCCACUUACGACGAGCCUCGCCGCAGCCGAGGACGGACUGCCGGCAGCUGGAGGACAGGAUAUUCUUAACCUCAAUAACACGGAUACAUUCUAUGUUCCCGAUCCCACGCUAGCACUGAUCGGUCUGCAUUAUCAGGUUAACCCUUUCCCGCUUGGUGAGGCUACGGCACGCCUCAUCGCCCGCUCGUUCACCCGGGGCCAAGUACCCCCCCUCCCGCCCCUUUUACGGUUCACCGACCGGCCGGGCGAGGUCAAGAUCGGCGCACCGGCCGAGUUCGAUAACCAGGACGCCUGGCUGCGCGCGAUUGGCGAGGGCGGCGACGAAGGGACGCCAGAGUGCUGGCCACGCAGCUCCGAGGCGACGCGUGAGGCCCGCGUCAAUGCGCUUAAGAUGCGUAAGGCCGAGCUGGGGUAUUAG